AUGCAGUCAAUAAGGCUGUCCUUUCUGACUCCACAGGCUCAGAGAUCAUGGAGAAGAAUGAGGCUGAAGAGACCACCUCUGGCUGGAUUCUGCUUCUUGCUUGCCUUCUCUGUGGUGGCAUUUACUGGUUUUCCUCUGCUGUUUCCAACUGAGUCCGAUUUCCAGUUCUUGGCACUAGCUGAGCCACAUGGGAAAGUCAUCCGGCCCAGGCGUCUGUGGACAAACACCACUGCCUCUGUCCCCCGGCGGGCCAGAAGCUUUGACCACAGAGAAUGGGAACCCGCUCCCCCUGGCACCGAUCAGGAAAGGCAAUCCUCACACCAUCCCCACUCUGCCUGCAAGCCAAAGAACCAGCCAAGCAGCCUACGCCGACAAAACCACACACUGCUGAAAGGAAAGAGAAAGCACAAAGGGGAGAUUAGGAAACAUAACGUUGUGAAAAGCUCUGAAGCCAGCAGUAAAUUACAGCAUGAAAACAUUCCCCGCAGGACCAGUGGUGAGAAGAAAAGGGAGCUUAAUACUCAUUUUUCUCUAAAGAAUACAGGGAACAAUGUUCAUUUCUAUAAGCUGACAGGGAAAAAGGCAGAUAUGAAACCACAAAUGGAGGAGGCCCCUUUCUUUUCUCCUUCACUCAGCAAUAAAAGGGGUUUUCAGGAAGGAAAGCCGGAGUUUGUUUUACUUCUUAAGAACUCUUUUGCAAGCCAGCCAACUGUGGCACAGGACCAACGCAAACCAGAUGUGCAGGCAGCUGGCGCUGAGCCGCAGCAUUCAGAUUCGAUUAAAGCCUUUAUCUCGGAAGCAGAUAGCAGGCUGCCCUUCAAAGGUGCAGCAGGCACGCAGAGACAGACAGGCAGUUACUCCCAGAGGCCUGGAGAGCCAGGAGCUCAUUUCUGGGUGGGUGUGGCCACGCAGUUACAGACAUCUGAAUGGUGUGUGAAGACUCCAGAAGAUGCCCUUUCUGCCAAAUGGGAGGGCCGCCUGAGGUUUGGUGAGAGGAUCCCACCUUGGUUUACUGCAGACGAUGUGCAGAAGAUGAAAUGGCUGGCAAAUAGCGAAGUAGUGACCAAAACCAGAAUUCCUGCCCACGGACAAAUACUCAGAGUCAGCCUUUUGGCCAGCCAAGACACUUCCCCAUCUGACCCUAAACGAGACUGUUCCGAUGGGCUCUGUGGAUUAAUAAAGCGGCCCAGUGACCUCUAUGAGGUGCUAGCUUUCCACUUGGACAGAGUGUUGGGGCUGAAUAGGAGUCUGCCUGCAGUGGCCCGCAAAUUCAGCAGUCCCCUGCUGCCCUACAAAUACACCAAUGGUGCCGCAAGGCCCAUCGUAUGGUGGGUGCCUGAUAUCCAGCACCUAGAUGAUGCCAACAAUGACCAGAACUCCUUUGCACUGGGGUGGCUACAGUACCAGUCUCUGCUGCAGCAGCGGUGUGGCAUGGCAGAUUCCAGGGCAGCCCUCGGAAUAGCUCCGUGUUUGAGUGUCCUGCACACAGAGUGGGCCAAACUGGCACUCUUUGAUUUUCUCCUACAGGUUCAUGACCGCCUGGACCGUUACUGCUGUGGAUUUCAGCCAGACCCUGCAGAACCCUGCAUGGAAGAAAUGCUUCAUGACAAAUGUAGGAAUCCUGCCGAGCUAGUCCUGGUCCACAUCCUGAUCCGGGGAAGUGAGCCUUCUCGCCUGGUGUUCAUUGACAAUGCAGGCAGACCUCACCAUCCGGAAGCAAAACUCAACUUCAGGCUCCUGGAAGGCAUAGAUGGGUUUCCUGAGACAGCUGUGACUGUGCUCAAAUCGGGAUGUUUACAGAACAUGCUUCUGAAGUCACUGUACCUGGAUCAGGAAUUCUGGGAAAGCCAGGGUGGAUACCCAGGACUUAGACACUUGCUUCAAGUCAUUAACAGAAGAGGACAGAUCCUACUGCAGUACAUUCAGGAACACAAUUUGACAAUCUUUAAGGAUUCAUCACUUUAA